GCUUGGGAUCGGCACUAAGAGUGCACUGGCUUGUGCAACCGUAAUAGCUACAUCAUCUCCAUUUUACCAACCACCACAAAAAAAACUGAUGCCAACCAAACACUUCACUACUUUUCAAACAAUUUUUCACAUAGUAGCUUAAAAUAUAUUCCUAAAUAAAUACAUUAUUUUGUAUGCAGUGAUAAUGUAUAGAGGUAAACAAUUACAUAUUACAUGAUUUAUGUUUAUAUGGCCUGUUUAUAUUUAUGUGGCUUGUAAUGUUUAUCAUAUACUUCUGAAGCAUAAAACACUCAGAUUAUGUUACACAAGUUUGUAUCUUUUAUUUGUAAGUUGCUAUAUGUUGUAACGUGUCAUGUGUUGUGUAUUAUGUUACCUAUUUUAGCUCUUGAAUGACACUAAUCCUACAGUAAAUGUUCCUUCCUGUAGGUGUGUUUUUGAUGAUGGCCCGGUCUCAGGAGUAUACGUGCUGUACAGAGACACUGCCUAACGGCUCUGUGUCCUACAUUCUGAAUGACACUCUUCCCGAAGACUGGAUCAGCAGCUGGACUAAAAACGGUGAUGUUAUAGCAAGUGAAGAUGGGGAAAUAGACAAACACUACGUUUUGUCUAAGACAGAGAAAGGAUACAUCCUGAAGCAAAAUUAUCCUGGUGUCGUCUGCAAGUUGGAGAGUCCAAAGAAUGGGGUAUCCAGGGAGAUUAAGUGUAUAGAACUGUGUAAACCGGAACCAGUCAUUAAAGCAGGUGGCACAAACCCACUCCACACUGUUCUCCCCAUUGUCCUGCCCAUUGCCCUCCUCUUCCUCUUUUUUAUUGCUGGUUACUUCAUUUAUAAAAAGUGUCAAAGGAGAUCUCACCGUGACAUUGAAGCCACUAUUCGAAUGCAUCCUAUAAAUGAGCAAGGCCAGGACCAGAAUAUGGACUGGGACCAGGAAGCUCUAAAUCAUCAGUAAACAAUUAGAGUGAAUCUAAAUCUUUUGCAUAUAAUACUAUAUUAUACUAUAAUACUAUAUUAAUAUGAUCUAAUUAUAAUAGACUAUAAACAGUACUAUAUACUCUAUAAUAUACUGUGGAUAAAAUAAUAUUUAAUGUGUGCAUAUACACACACACACACACACAAACACGCACACGUGUAUGUAGCGUCUACUUGCGUGUAGCAAGUAAACAUAAAAUAUAUGAUAUA